AAUGAAUAACCACGCCUUGGAAUGAUCCAGACCGGAACUUUCGAGGUACUUCUGAAAUAUUUGCCUUGGCUGUUAAACCAGGCACUGAUCGUAGGCAGUGAGCCAACUCAGCCCUACAUUUUACUGCAGGAACAGACACAAAAUACUGCAUGACAAGCGAUUUGGUGUGAUUGUCUGCAUCAAAAACCUUUAACCUCGGUGUAGGCUGCUUUGAACGCGACGAAUUUGUGACUGAUAUCUGUACCAAAUUCUUGAUUUUCCUGACGGAGUUUAAGAAAUGGCAGGGAAAAUCAAAGUUGCCGAGUCCUCCGGUUCCGAUGUGGUACUGGCUUGCAUCCAAUCAUUCGGCGGGAUCUUCCCGUCUGAUCACGGGUUCCUUCGCCGCGUCGCCUGGGUGGAAUCGAAGGAUGGCACGGAUCCCAACACCUACAGAGCAGGUUACCACGGAGGAAUCUGGCAGGUGGACAAGAUUGGCUUCGAGUCAACCAAAGACACCGCCAGCCAUCCAGGUUUGCGUAACAAGUUCGCCUCCAUCAAGAGUUCCUUGAGCAUUGACUGGACAACCGUACAGUGGGAUGACCUGAGGAAGCCACUCUACUCAGCCUUAGCCGCUCGACUCUUUCUGGCUAACAUCCCGUCUCCAAUCCCUUCCGGCUUACAAGAACAAGCCGCUUACUGGAAGAACCACUACAAUACCAGUAGCGGUGCUGGCAGUGAAAGCAAGUUUGUCAAUGAUGUGAAGACUUUGGAGAAUAAAUAGAACAGGCUUUGGGAUAGAACCAGAGGUUUGAGUCGUCGACCUCUGUCAUUUUGCCUCUUAUUUUGUAUAGACACCUAAAGUUUGCAAAGAUUUCACUUCGGGUCAGUGUGGGUAUGUUUAACCUCAAAUCAUUCAUUUCCCUAUUAAUAUUAAAGCGGGUAAUAUUUUCAUUUCAAUAGUUUAUAGACUGGUGAUUUGAUAGCCGCGUGAUUUUCUCCACAUUUGUGAAUAAAUAUUUUGUUUCUUUCUUUUUUUUUUUUUACUGACGGCCAACCACAGUUACCAGCCACUUGUUGGACUAAAAAUUAAUUAUCUCUGUAACAAAGAAAGAAAAAACUUCAUCCUAGAAUGUUAAUGGUUUCGUUAUACACGCCCACGUACCACAAAUGACAAGCUCCAAUUGGAUGAACGCUCGGGCAGCGUUUACUUCCGGUUCCAGUGGUUCCAUUUUUACGCUAUGUGCAUUGAAGGCGCGGUAUAAAAACUGAAGUGACGUCACACGAAUGAACCGGAUUGGGCGAAUUAGUGUGUGCGUCUUAAUAUCUGAAAGCGACACGUGUUAGCGUAACACCACUGCGGAAAAAUGGCAUUCGCAGGAUUAAUCUAUAAUGGACCAUCUACACAGACUGAUCUAUUCAAUAAAACCCGCCCACUGCGCACGUGCAUGGGCUGCAACACGUGCUUCUCUCCACGGCCACGUGUAAUGUUUCAGCCGUGCGCGUCAUACGCGCUUAUGCACGCAUGUCGACUAGCAUUACUCACGAAUUUUGGACCUUAAAAUCGCCGUUGAGCGAGGCCUGUAAGUCGGUCUAUCGGAAAUAUUAUUGCGUAUUGAUUUUUAUAAUGGAGUUGUUUCUUUACGAGUUUCUUGAAAUUGAAAUUAUUCUUACCACUGUGCGAAUGUGAAACAUCCAUUAUUUGUUUUAUACAAAAUCUUCAUAAAUCCUCUUCUAUUCAACUGCAGUGGCGGCGCCAGACCUUGGUGGCUGUGGAUGCAAGUGUAGGGCAAGGCAAACGAUCCUUCAUAUUUCCUAGCUUAUGAUGCGAAGUCGUAAAACGAAAAGGUUGAUCGCCCUGUGGUAAUGUGUGACCAAAGUUUUUAUGUGCAAACGGCUUUUCACGGUGUGUGCAUUUGCACCCACAUGACACCACGCAGCGCCGCCACUGUUCAACAGUACUUGUUGCAUAGAGCGAAUAGUUCAAUACAAUGGCAUGCGAUCAAAGAUCUACCAAUCAGAUGACGGGGAUUUAUGCAGGUAUUGAAAGAAAGAGUAUGAUUAUCGAAAGCCAUUAACUUUAGUUUUCAUGUCAAAAUCAUGUUUAGUUUUUAAAUAAUGAGAUCGGUUUGGGCCUAGCUUUUAGUUGAUAAUGUCAAAGAAAAAUCAGGAAAGGUGUUGAAUAACAUUAAGACUGAAAAAAUAACUUUAA